UGCGCGACGGCCCGUGUGUGUGUAUGUUGUAGUCUUGUGCUGGUUGUAUGUUUGUGUCUUCAGCAUGCCGAAAGUUGUGUCUCGCAGUGUAGUAUGUUCUGAUACUCGAGAUCGGGAGGAGUACGAUGACGGAGAGAAGCCGCUACAGGUGUAUUACUGCCUCUGCGGGCAAAUGGUUCUGGUGCUCGACUGUCUGGUGGAGAAGCUGCCCAUGAGGCCACGGGACCGAGCGAGGGUGAUAGAUGCAGCCAAACAUGCUCAUAAAUUCUGUAACAUUGAAGAAGACGAGAGCGUUUACCUUCGAAGGCCUGAAGGUAUAGAAAGACAGUUUCGAAAGAAGUGUGGGAAAUGUGGACUGUUGCUGUUUUACCAACAUCAAAUGAAAAACACACCAGUAACAUUCAUUGUGGACGGAGCACUAGUUAAAUUUGGCCAAGGAGUUGGGACUACAAGUGUAUACAGUCAGAAACAGGAGGCUCCCAAGAAAGUCAGAGUAAUGAUGACAAAGCGGACAAAAGAUAUGGGGAAGUUCAGCUCUGUCACUGUGUCGACCAUUGAUGAAGAGGAGGAGGAGAUCGAAGCGAGGGAGGUCGCAGACUCAUAUGCACAGAAUGCCAAAGUCAUUGAGAAGCAGCUGGAACGGAAGGGCAUGAGCAAGAGGAGACUGCAGGAGCUGGCUGAAUUAGAAGCAAAGAAGGCGAAGAUGAAGGGCACAUUGAUCGACAAUCAGUUCAAAUAAAUCGAUGCAUUCAUGAUGACUGCAAAAUUAAACCUCCUCUCUUGCUGUGUUUGUCUGACAUUACGCAGCUGAGCAAUGCAUUCUGCUGUUAGACUUCCUCCAAAUUCAUUCAUCUUCAGACCAAAACAACCUUUUAUUGUUAUGUUUGUACUGCAUUGUUGCAGUGUGUUGAAGAGUUUCCUCAGUAGUCUCUAAAGCCUCAACUACCACAUGUCAGAGGACUAUCUGGGCACAGUUCUGUAGUACUGGACAGCAAAUACAGGAAUAUAAACAGACACACUUUGGUAUUAGAAAUGAUAUUAAUAUGUAAGUGCAAUGCUACUCCUGUAAACACAGUCCAGGCCUGUCAAAAUAGAUUAAAGAGUUUAACACUGGAAAAGUCACAAAGUGCAAGCUGUAGCUGUGAUUGUUUGAACGAACAGAAUGGGUCCAGUGGUAAGAACUGCAUCAGUAAUACCUUUUAUUAGUAAUACCUUUUUUUUUUGACAGUUUUGUAUUUGUUAAAUCUGUCUCUGAUUUAAUUUUUGUAAAAGUUGUAAAUGUUUAAGAAUACUUUCAAAAUAAAAUGUUACUAAAUGGUUUUCUCAGGGCUGAGUGUAAUGUGAUCUUGGGAGUAAUAUUUGCAUGAACUGUAUUUUAGUAUGAUUGUUUACAAACAUAGCAAAAAUCCCCCUAAGCCGCCUUCUGUUAUAACGCUGUGCUGUUUUUCGCUGUAAUGGUAUAUACUAAUGUACAGUAUGCACAGUAUUAUUGUAAUGGAUAAGUGAUAUUUCCUUGGGAACUCAUUACACUUGUGUUACUUCAAAAAGUACCAGUAACACUGUCUCUGUUCUUAAUGGUGCAUAACAUGCUUCAUUGCUUUCCUGGUCCUUUUUAAAGGUGUGCAUAUUCUCCCUUAUCCAUGGAGCUCUGCUUCCAUUAUACUCCCCCAGGCUUUCUUUGCUUUGCAGAGUCUUAUUAGAUUGAACUGUGUUUAACACAUGCUGAGCCAUCCUGCUUUGCUGAAGUUGAGGAAAGGGUGAAUCUCAGUACUUCCUCAGUGAGGUUUUGAGGACCAAUAUCUUUGCAUCAUUAAGAUGGAGAAGGCAUCUACUGAAGAAAAUCUCUGUAUUCCCUCUCUCCUUUGUCUUCCCCAAGUUACACUAGUGCCAUUGUCAUACUUUGUUUAAUUUUUAUAUUUGUUUGCCAAGCACAUUACUGUGCGAAACUAGCACAAGUCCUCGAGGAAUAUGCAGGGAGAAAUUCUGUGCUGUGCUACAUGAGUUAUACAAGAAUAUAAGCAAAGACAAACUAGAGUUCUUAAAUAUUAAUAAUAAAUUGGGGAUAAUCGGGUAUAGUUUCUGUUCUGUUAAACAAGACAAUAGACUUUAAUAUUAGAACAAUAACAUGACUUUUUAUUUUUACCUUAUGUAACAACACUAAACAGUUUCUUGAUUUUACAAAUAAGCAAUGGUAUGUACUGCUAUUUGAGGUGAUUGGUGGGAUAUGAAAAAGUAGAAUAAAAAGUAAUUUAAUUUAGUGUAUUAGCAGACAGAUGAACCAAACAAAACAUACACGCUGCUUCCUACCAGCUUUCUUAUGCUCAGUAUUAUUAGUAGUAUUUUAUAAAAGUAUGGCAUUAAAAUAAGUAAUCACACAGCGACGGCAAGGUAACUUUUUUUAUAAAGCUAAAUGAAUGUUACUCCCAUUUAUACAUGUAUAAAAUUGUUUUGGCAGCUGCCCUACCUCUAAUAUACUGUAGCAGAGAUAACACACCAACUCCCAGCAAAAUCACAAAAAUGCAUAAACUUGGUGCACUUGCAGUAAUGAGGAUUAAAAUACAUUUCCAAUUGGAGUUUCUUGAUUGCAAUCAAUAUGGAUAUUGUCUCAUAUUUUACCUGCUGUUAAAUACUUGAUCCAAUACUUGCACAUAUAUAACAAUUCCACCUCCCUUACAUUACCAAACAUUAGACAGCAUUUGUUCAGUAAUGAGCAUUUGGACAAGAGCUUGUUUGCCAAAGCCUGCAUUUCUAAAUAUGGAUUGUAUUUUUGCCAUUCAUGCCCAUGAUAAAAGUUUAUUUUAGAUGCUCGUGAUACAAUUAAAAUACUGUCAAUUUAAAUGUAAAUCGGAAUUAUAUCAAGCACAGAUAUUUGAGUGCCUGUCUGCAGAGUUGCACUCUUUCCUCUUUAGGCAUGCUGCAGCGGUAAAUUGGAUUGCUGUCUGUCUAGCAGGUCAUACAAGUGUGUUCAUGCAUCUCUUAAUGUAUCCAGGCAGUGCUGAAGUCUAGUCUUUUUGCUGGCGUUGUAUUUUAAAAGGCCACCUUCUCUUUUACAUGCAUCGAUGGCUGAAAAAAAGAAAAGAAAGAUGCUUCUGCCCCCAUGUCUUUAGGUUUUAGUUGGAAGGCCAAUGUUAU